UGCGUUUACUGUCACUGAUCAGAUGAGUAGCCUAUGGAUGGAUGUAAUGAGGAUGUUACAUCACUUGCAGUGCAGCCAGACGCCAGCAGCAGCAUCCAGCUCGGAGGGAACGCGGCGCACAACCCCAGCUGGCCAUAUUGUACACCAGCUCCUCUCCGCAAAUCGGCUGCGUCACACCUAACAAAACAUAUAGCGGCGCUGUAGCAAUAAAAUCACCACAUCAGGAGGAAAAACGCUGUUUUCAAAACGCUACUCGGCUGAGCUGGUUGGUGUUUUUUCGUGCAGGGAAAAUGGUUAAACUGGGGAAUAAUUUCAGCGAGAAAAAUAACGGCAAGGUGGUUUCUGAAGACGGAUUUGACACCAUCCCUCUCAUCACACCACUAGAUGCCAGUCAGCUGCAGUUUCCUCCACCAGAUAAGGUGGUGGUGAAGACAAAGGCAGACUAUGAUGGUGAGAGCAAGAAGGGAAAGUUACGAUCUCCUAAAAUCGCAGAGUUCUCAAUAAGCAUCAUUGAAGGCGUAUCUGAGCGACUCAAGGUCACCUUGCUUGUGAUCUGUGCGCUGGCCUUCCUGGUGUGUGUGGUCUUCCUGGUCGUCUACAAGGUCUACCAGUACGAGCAGCCUUGCCCCGACAGCUUUGUUUACACGCAAGGUCGCUGCAUGCCGGCUGGGAUGUAUGGCAACUACCCCCCUCAGGGCCCUGGGGGCCGCGGGCGCCUCUUUACCCUCAUAAACCACUACAACAUAGCCAAGCAGACCAUCACCCGGUCAGUAUCACCAUGGAUGACCAUUAUGUCAGAGGAAAAGGUCACCCAGCAGGAGACGGAGACUGCCCAGAAACUGGCUUAACCAACCUGGGAUACUGGGAUCAGGAGGUGGCCUAACCUGCUGCUCAAAGAAAUAAUUAAAUAAUAUGGUUGUGCCAUUCAAGCAAACCUCAGAGUCCCGUGGCUUUUUGUGGGUGAAAAAUCAACUUCUCUUGCCUGAGGUGCUCUCCUGCCUUGUUGAUGUAGUUUGGUCAACUGAUGUGUACUAUAGCAGGAAAUCUGUGGAAAUUAGUUUUCAGCAAAGCAAGCGUUAACCGUUGGGUGGAUUCAUGGUUUGUUUGAAUCGCAUAUGUUGUUAUUUAUUUGCACUUAAAAACAGAGCGGCAAACGUGUAGAUAAAGUCACACGGAUACAAACACAGACACACACUCACUGUCUUUGUACAUACACAUAUGUAACAAAACUCUCUUUAGUACUCACAUUGUGAAAUGACUGCACCAUCUCGUGUCUGCGUCGCUUGUUUUAACGCACAUGCACGCACGACUCUAAACACAAUCCGUUUGCUUUGAGCUCACCCCCCCACAAAUACAUCAAGUACUGAUAGCGCAUGUCAGACCUCAUGAGGUCCAGCAAAUGGUACAUUUCUCACAAGGCGCCAAAGUUUGCAGCAUAUUUGCCACUGAGGUCAUCUGUGUCAAAAUAUUUUACUGUCAUGAUAUUGUGAAUAAAUGAGGCUUGACCUGGAGGAAGCCUUUUAACCAGCGAAAAAAUAACUAUUUUAAUCGUGUUGUUUUGUCACAGCCCAUAUUGCUCUCUGCAUAUACUGCUGUUAAGGAGUUUUAAGUACUCGAUGCAUUGUCUUUUUAACCAGCAUUAAUGAUUGUCUACAUUCAUUUAAACUACUUGUGAACACCAUGUGCUUUUCUUUGCUGGCCACUUAAUGGUUACUUUUCAUAGCAUACAUUUUAUGCUACUGUAUUGAAUGUUUUUGCAUUGCUAGUGAAGCCACAGUAUUGUGCAAUGCUUUGCAUUGAUUAAUGUCACCAUAGAUGGCUGUUGGUAGCCAGAUGCUAGACUUAGGUUGAUGUAAUGGAACAAUCUGACAGUAGUCGCUUGUACCGAUGCUUUCUUCUGUAUUUGUCAUUUAACUUAUUGAACUGUUACAAAUGAUGUACUUUUUUCAAACAAUGUAAGGAUUGCCAUUAAAGUGCAUUUGCUACAUAAAAAUGUUAAAAGAAAAACUGAAAUAAAGUGCCCACAUUUCACACCAACA